GUAGGUCGUCAAGGCAGACCUGUUCUGGUGGCCGCGCUGGAGCAGACCCAAGCCGAGCAGCAGCAGCACAGCCAGCAGGUAUUCAGUCCUUCGCUGGGAGCCGACGUUGGUGGUUGAGCUAGUGUUUGACUCCAGCGUACUCUUCAGAACACUAUCGAUAUAAUGAAGACACUUGGCUUCUUCCUUGUGGUUCUGACGAUCACAAAGGCCCAAAUCAUCUUCCCCAAUGAAGAAGCUGCCCCGAAGCCUAUCGACACCGAACUGUUUGAGGUCCUGGAGGUGGACGACAGGCAGGCCUUCUCCUCCUGCGUGACACCCAAUGGGGAGUCAGGCAGGUGUCAGUCAUUUUCGUCCUGCGGUGCAUACGCCUCACUGAGACGAAGUUUGCACAGGCCGUCUGUCCUAAAUUUCUUGAGAGGCCGCAUAUGCAGACGCCUGAGACACACGGUGCACCUUUGCUGCCCAGCUUCCAAUAUCCAACUGCCUGUUACCGGGCCUUCCCAGCCUUCAUCCAGUUCCUCCCUGCCAACGCAGUGUGGCAGCACGCCGUUGGUUAACAGAGUCGUGGGAGGAGUAACAACAGAGCCCGGGGAGUGGCCCUGGCUGGCGGCGCUCGGUAACCUCGAUGGAAACACCUUCACCUCGGGAUGCGCCGGCUCACUCAUCACACGGCGACACGUCCUCACCGCCGGCCACUGCUUCGAGCCCGGCCAGCCCCACCCGACGAUGGUGCGGCUCGGGGCGUACAGCCUGACGAGGAGCAGCACUACGGUGGCACCCCAGGAUUUCACCAUCAAAGACCGCCGUGAUGGAGGCUACAACACCAACACCAAAGAGAACGACAUCACCAUCGUUAUUUUAGACCGCGAUGCUGAAUUUAAUGAUUAUGUCCAGCCAGCGUGUCUGCCUUUCAGGUACAGGAACAGAGAUUUUCUAGGAGACGAUCUCGUCGUCACUGGCUGGGGAAAGACUCGCUUUGGAAAUUUCCGGACAUCCGAUGUCCCGAUGAAGGCCGUGGUUCCAGUGACAGACACAAACAGAUGUGCUGUGAGCUACCGGGCACUGCCAGCGAACAAGCGACCCGUGAUAGACAACAGGUCAUUGUGUGCCGGGAGCGGCACUACGGAUGCCUGUGGUGGCGACAGCGGCGGGCCCCUCCAUUACCUGGACCUGAGCGACGGCAAGUACUACGUGGUGGGCGUGGUAUCCUUCGGCGUGGGCUGCGCUCGGUCAGACUUCCCCGGGGUGUACACGAGGGUCACCAGCUUCCUGGACUGGAUCGAGAGAAAUGUAUAAUGGUUGCCAAGAUACGAUAGCGUGUAAUGUUUGCUUGUUCGUCAGUGUCGGCGUGAUUGUCGUUUUUUUUUUUUUUUUACCAAAUAUCAGCGUGCAAGGUUAAUGUUACGUUCACAUUAAAUAUCUAACAAAGUAU